AUGCUCUCCAAGUUGACUCAAGAAGCUCCUGAAUACGUGUCCAAGAUUGCACGCAUUGAAGAAAUUGGAGCGCCAAGCAUUGAUGUCAUAGAAUUCAGACCGGUUGAGAUAGGCGAGCCAGAUUGGAUGUACAACUUGAAGAAUUACAUCGCCAACGGCACUCUACCGGACGACUCCUCCCGGGCAAAGAAAGUUAAGUUAAGGGCACCACGUUUUCAAUUGGUUGAUGAUAGGCUCUACAAAAGAUCAUAUGGCGGACCGCUGCUCCGGUGCUUAACUAGCGACGAGGCGAAAGUAGUGAUGGAAGAAGUUCAUGAAGGGAUCUGUUCUGCCCAUCAAGGACCAAGAACACUCGCGCAAAAGAUCAUUCUGAUGGGUUACUAUUGGCCUUCGAUCAACCUGGAUUGCGAGCACUACCUCCGUCAGUCCGUCCAUUGUCCAUAG